AUGAUACCAAAGAGAGCUUUCGGGCUCGUAUUCUGCCUGCUUUUAGCUACAGGCCUCAUACUCUUCUCACGCACUCUUGGCCAUUCGCUCGCAGAGUACUUCUUUGGACCGCAUGGCCCGGUUAUUCCGUACACCACGCAUAUCGUGCUGUUCCAAUUCAAAGACGGCACAAGCAAAUUCGCUGUCAAAGAGGUGGUUGCGCAAUUCUUCGGACUGAAGAAGGCAUGCAUACAUCCAACUACGCUGAGGCCAUACAUUGUAUCGAUUUCGGGUGGGAAAGAUAUCUCGACUGAAAAUCUGCAGAACGGCAUCACCCACGCUUUCGUCCUGCAGUUUCAUUCCAUCGAAGAUCGUGACUACUACGUUGAUGAUGAUCCCGUUCACAAGGCUUUCAAGGAGGCGGCAAGCACGGCACUGGAGAAGGCAAUUGUUGUCGACUAUCAGAAUGGAGUAUUUACGAGUGUGUGA